CUGCCGUCGGGAGGCGGUUUUUGUUCAUCGAUUCCCAAAAGUAUUGCUUCGCUCGUGAUGGACAAGGUUCCCUCGAAGAAGUAGUUUCAGUCAUAGCAGAGUGGGAACAUUCGGGAGUCGACGAACAAAGCGUAACCUGCCUCCUCGGCCAUUCGCGGUCUUUCUCCUUCAGUUGGCUACCCACGCACUGUCUGAUACGUCCGUCAGGAGCAGCGUCUCAUCCGAGGUGUUUGCUCGAGCUGCCCUUGUUCUAUGUUUUCAAGUCUUCACAGGAAAAGAAAUUCCUCCUCUCUCUGCUUGACUAACUGGAACACACUGCAUGGAACAAAAAUCUGUUCUCGUGGGCAAAGCCGGAGAUUUCUCGGAACGCGGCUUGUCGGUGUAGCGGCUUUCUCGACGGCCGGCCCUGCAGACCCUCUGGCUGGUGAUUCACUUGCUUUUCGUUAUUUUGUCUCCUUUCCCGUUCGUUCUGCUUUAGGGCUUUUGUCUUUUAGCAUGUGUCCCAUCGUUUCGUCAUGCCUUUCGUGUUGCUGCAAACUAAUUUGUAGCGCGAUUUUCCCCCGUCGACACUCGAGACCUACGAACGCUUCAAGAUCGGGGUGCGGUUUUGUGUCUCUGAGAUGUGUCGAUCCCUACACUUCAUUGUUUCUUCCCCCGUUACGUCCAUUAUGGCGCAGUAAAACUUCCGUUGGCCCCCUUUCACUCUGAUCUGUACCAUAUUUUCGAAAACCUGAUGAUCUCUCUCCACUUUCCCUUUCAAGGGAGCCUACUCUGCGGAAGUCCCAACGCUGCAGCAGGGGUGGCGGGCGCAACACAAGCCCAAGUGCUAGUGCCGUGUCUGCGUGGUUUUGAAGGAUUGUGCCGUUGCCUACAAUUGACAAAAAACAUUGUUGAAGGCGAGAGCUAUUAGCUAGCUAAAACACGCGCCCUUCUGUUAGAUGUAGACAGGUGACGGGCAGCCGCUGCUCCUGCCGUCACACACGCCUUGUAGUUGCGGUCGAAUCCAUGGGCUCGAGCAAAAGAAAAGAAUCACUGGGAUGUUCUCACAUUUAUUGAGUCGGCUGUGACUUUCGUUCUAUCCGGCGUUGAGCUGUAACGAUUUUGCAUGUGAUAUGCCCAUGCAGCCGAGGGUAUCGCACGGAAUUCUCCCUUUCAUCGUGCCCUUUCGGUGCCCGUCCUACCCUUCACUUGUUGUCUCCACAUGAAAGCGAGCAAGAAAGGCAAUGCUCCGCAGUGACCUUUCACCCAAAGUUUGGUCUUGCACCUUUUUUGUGUUCACUGCCUGUUUAUUUGCAGAACGUACAAUCUGUGAAGAACCAGUGUAUGGAGGCAACCCAUGCGAGUAUUUUUUUUGCGGUUCUCCACGCUCGCUGUUUUCAUCAGCGUUUCUCAGAACAGGGUGCAGCUUUUUUCCUCUGUAGGUCUGUCUCCGUUGUUGUACCCUCUCUUUCACUGUCAUCUUUUUGCAUGCCUUGUGUUGUUGUUGACUUGGCGCUUGUGGGACGGCCUGUUCUGUCUACGCUUGGAGGGACAGAAGGAAGAGUUGUCGCCUUACAACUUUGUUCUGUUAGUUCUCACUUUGUUAUGCAGCAUACCCACAUAGAUCAGGUGAACGCCAACAAACACGCGGGAAUGUGAUGUCUAUUUCUAUUCAUUGCCCCUGCCGGCAGUUUUUGGUGUGCUGAUCAUACAGCCUCUUCAUUCAAAUGCUAGCGAAGGCUGUGAAUGGUUGCCACUGACCGAUGCGUUCGCCGUUCAUGUGGUCGAACUACGGCAACGCAUUGUCCGCCUCUGUCAACCUUUUCCUGUCAUCGAUCUUCCACUCUUAUCGUUUGUACCCAUAACGUGAAGACCAUCCCGCGGUUUUCAUUUUUGUUUCGGUCAACCCAGUGGAACCGAUUUGAUUCUGUUUUAGGGACGAGUGAGAGAUUGGAGUGAUUUCAACUUCUGUGUCAAGCGCUUUUUUUGUUGCAUCUUGACAUUUCCUAGACGCAGGGACCAUUUGCCUGUCACUUCUUCGCUGUGAGACGUACUGGGCAGCUAUGCAUCUUCCCCACCUUGCUCAUUUAGGUCACCGAAGAUGGCUAGACGCAGACCAUCUGCGAUUGCCACCUGUUUUCGUAUGAUUCUUGCCUUUUUCCUUUCGUUCACUUUUUCCUCUGGUGCGGACUCCCUCCUCGCUCCGAGCACUACUCAGGCUCGUCGGCUUCAAGCCCGAUCGGGUGACAACGCCCUCUCAAAUGGAGGCCGCUUGCCAAAUGGUGAACAUAAUCAAUUUCGAGCUCUCCGUCGGGGAGACCAGAAGGUGGAAAAAGACGCUUUUGGGGCUGUAAAUGCCGAACAGCGUACGGCUGUUUCGGGGAGCAAGUUUGAACGGGAAAAGUGGACCCCGAUUAGUUUUACAGAGAAAGGUCUCUUCGACGUGAUCAAUCCGACCAUCGCUGGUGAUGAAAAAGAUGAGCUGAACUGGAGCACGCAUCAAAGGAUAGAAGGUAGAGGGACAGAGCCAACCAGGUCAGAUUCACAGCAGCGGGAUCAGGCAAAACCCAGAGCUUUGGAGAGAAGGGAAGAGGCAGGACAGCCUCCAAGGGACGAACAUCAGGACACUGAUGUUGAACAGGCCCCGUUGAUCAAGGAAGAUGAAAGUGACAGUCCAUCGGUCGAAGAGCCCCGGGCACAACCCCCAGAAAAUAAGGAGGAUGCCAUCACGAAACCAUGGGAUGCAGACUGGAAUCCAUGGAAGUUCCUGGAUGAAAAUCCGCUGCCCAUAUAUCGAGACGACUGGGAUGAAGAAGAAGACAACAGAGAUGACGCAGACCACGACCCUGGGUUUGCAGAGCCACCGAACAGCCCUCCUGCAGGCGGUGUGCCGAAAAGGGAAGAUGACAAUGCACCCGAUUAUCCGGGAGAUGAUACUGCAUCCUCUCCACCGUAUGAUAUGCGACCAAAUCCGGAAGAUCAUAGUCGAACUCAGCCAGGAGAGUAUGGCGGAGGAGUGGAUGAUGAGGGUGAACUGCCAGAUGAAGAUACUGCGAAAGGCAUGCCAAGGUCUUCGACGCCACCUCCUAAUGAAGAGUCGAUCCCUGCUGUUCCCACCGAGUCGGAGUGGUCCGGGUCAGGCGUUUACGAAGGCAUCGCGAUCACUGUGAAUGCGCGUUGGAUUGACACGCGCACAAUCGGAGAGGGCGGAAUUCAACUUCAGCAUCAGCCGACAGUUUUUCCUGCGCCUCCAGUUCUUCGGAAGGUGGGUUUAAAAAGCAAGUGGAAACACACCAUCAAGAUUUUCGUGCGUACAACGGGGGCAAAGUUCGUUCCGGCACGUCGACAGGUUUUCGUCCCUCUGGAUGAGACGCCGACUUCGAGUUCGACUCUUCUCCCCUGGUGGGCCAACUGGAGUAUCUCAGCGGUCAAGGCAGCCUCGGCGACCACCAGUUCAGUGGCAGCCUUUCUCUUUGGAACCGGUAGAGCUGUGGACGGCGGAGAAGGGAUAUCCGAAGGGAAAGGUCCCACCAUAACCUCUAUCAAAAACAUGCUGAAACAGUACAAACGGUUCAAACGAAAACAUCCUGGAAAGCCUGGUGAACUUGUUAUCGACUUGUGCAAAGAUGAGGAAGACGCAAGCUCUGCCGCUCGUACACCUUCACCUUCCUCCGCCUCAGAGUCUUCCUCCGACGGUGGCGUAUGGGAGUCCCUUGAAUCUCCCGCACCUGCUCCUAUGCCUUCUUUGACUUCUUCGUCUCCGUCUGGGUCGUCUCCAUUUGUUGUGAAGCAGAGCCCAGAGGGCGAUUUAAAGACAGAAUCUGAAGGGCCUGCUCGAUUGACGACGCCUUCAGAGAAGCGACCUGCAAAAGCAAAGCCUCAGAACACGAAAAAGAAGACCAAGAGAAGAAAAAGGACGGUUGCCAACGCGUACAAUAUUCUUCAAACUCAAGAGGGGCUUGCGUUGGUCAACAAAAUCCGCGACACAAUGGCCGAAAUUUUUAGUAGCCCCUCCACGUCUGUUCAGGUCCUCACAAGCACGGGACACUUGGUGAUAACUCUUCCAUCAGAGGGCGUGGACCGAUACAAACUGAAGGGUUUCCUACAAACUGUCCAGGAGACGUUUGGAGACAACAUCCAACAAUGGUCAUUCUCCGAAAUAGUUCAACUCCGGAGUGAAGUUCCCGAACCCCACAUCCCGCCGCGUGCCCAGAUGGCUGCCAAGAUGGAAUCGCUGAGUGGGAAAAGCACCAAAACGUCGAAAAAACUAAAUGGUCGGAGUUUGCCCGCCUCCAUGAGUGAGACGACCAGCAAGAAAACCCCGUUUGAGGCAAGUAUGCCGACUGAUUCUGCUCUGGAAUCAAAGCUUUAUGGGAUGCACAUGAUCACGGCAACACAUGCUUGGAUCCAUGGAGAAGCCGGUGACGGCACGGUGGUCGCCGUCGUUGAUUCCGGUAUCAGCCGCCACCAUGAUUUGGAUUGCAAUUUGUGGCAAAAUCCACACGAACAACAGGAUGGUCGAGACGAUGACGGCAAUGGUCUGAUAGACGACAACCAUGGCUAUGACUUCCAAGAAAACAAGUCUGAACCUGAAGAUGAGAAUGGCCAUGGUACCCAUGUUGCAGGAAUUAUUGGCGCGUGUGUAAAUGGAGGAGGCGUUGUUGGCGGGGCACCAAAGACACAACUCAUGGCUCUUCGAUUCAUCGACAAAGGCGGUCAGGGAUCUAUGGCAAACAGUAUUCGCGCCCUGAACUAUGCUAUUGAUCACGAAGUUCAAGUUAUCAACAAUAGCUGGGGAGGUCCCCAGUCGACGACUGUGUUGCGGAGACUAGUUCAUAUGAGUGCGGUCGCCCGCAACGGAAAAGGCAUCCUUCUUAUCAAUGCUGCAGGCAACGAAUCUUCCAACAAUGAUGUUAACCCGUCGUAUCCUGCCAACUGGGAUCAAGAUAAUACCAUCAGUGUGGCAGCAAUUGACAUCAAUGGCGAUUUAGCAGACUUCAGCAACUACGGCAAAUCGUCCGUGGACAUGGCAGCCCCUGGUGUCAAAAUAUACUCGACCAAACCGGGUGGUGACUACCAGCAUAUGUCUGGAACGUCCAUGGCGACACCGCACGUCUCAGCCGUCGCUGCUCUAGUAUUCGGUGCCUUUCUCCGUAAUGGAUACGAUGCACCCGCUGCAGAAGUGAAAGACAUCAUUCGGAUCACCGCUUCUCCGGUCGAGCAGCUCCAGGGUGUGACGAGAUGGGGUUCAAUACCUCAUGCUCGAGAUGCUGUUCUUAUGGCCAGAAUGGGAGGGAUGUUUUUACAAGCAAAGUGCGAAGAUAUGGUUUUCGAGCUGGACGCUGGCUCUGCUCACGUCGUCGACCUCCACUUGAUGCCAUAUCGACAGGGCAACUACACGGCGGACUUAACAUUCGAUGUCUUCACCGAAGAUGGCUACCGUUUGGACCAAAUUAAAGUUCCUGUGAAACUUGCUAUCUCCGCGGAGCCACGCCAAGGCAAUUCGGACUCACUUGCGGCGGCGGCAUUCUCGAGUGUUGUGUCGACAUUCGCGGCUCACCCCACUGAAGGGUUUGAAGAGCUGUGUCGUUUACAGGCGAAAAUCCACGUUGUUCAGGAAAUGUCCACGGCCAUGAUUGUAAUCAUCUGCCUCGGAGUGAUCGCCGCCAUCUCGGUUCUCGUUCUUGUCUACUGCUGUUCUAGAAACGGGCAACGGAGGUCUGAUGCGGCAAAGAGAAGGCGCGAGUCUGUCCGAGAUUCGGCCGGAGAAGAAAGGAGAAACCAACUUACAGAAACGCAUCGGGCGCGGAAACAUGCAGAUACAAGCGCAGAGGCAAAUAAAGAAUUUCUGAACUGUUCAUCGAGAGCGGAGGAUGACGCAAACGACCGGAGCGAGACGCACACAAAUCCCACCGACCCUUUGUGCCGGAAAGAACAUGUAUUUCUACCGGCAACAACCCUCGAACAGUUCGCGUUAUCGACGCCCAACGAGAAUGAGUCGUAGCCUUGGUAGAAGGCGUGUGAUGCGCAGUCUAUCGGCAACGUCCUUGAAGGCGUGUUGGAUAUUAAAUUGAAGUAGACAGCACCGGCGUGCUUCUUAGCUUGCCUUAUUUUUCGUGAGUGAGUUGUCGCAUCGGCUGUGCACGGCAAGGCGGCGUGGACUCUUGGCUCGGAGAAAGAUGGAGUAACUGUCGUGAUGAACCACAGUACUAACCAUAUUGUUGAAACAGCUCGCCUGAGCGUGCAUGAUGUGGAAGUCAAAAAUGCGAAAGGGUGCACACUAGAGAAUGUACGACGAUACAAAUGCUGGACAAACGAUGACAAAUCAAAGUAACAGAACAGGUAUGGGGAGAUAAAGGACAUCCAAAACACAAGAGAUACCGAGGUGGUCUGUUCUCAACAGUUUUCGCUUUUCGAGCCUUUUCGAAGUCGCAAACAAGGGGAAGAAAUGGGGACCCCAUCUUCCCUGUAUUUUGUGUUCGUCGAUCAUUGAAUCGAGAGGCUAGGUCGAAGUGGAGCGCUUUCUUUUGCAACAUGUGUGUCAAUCACACACGAAGGAAGAAAGCGAAACGAGAUAGACGGCCUUUUAAGGAGCUCAACCACUUCGCGAAUUCCAGUGUUGCCGAUGCAAUCUCGGGUACCGUGAAAACAGCAACUCGCAAUAGGGAGGGGGCGUGCAAUUCUCUCUGUUAAAUGAGGGCAUCUAGCUCCAUAACGUCGUCUGUGCUUCGUGGAAUCGUAAUUGUUUCGCGACUCUUUUUCGCAUAACUGCGUUUCAGUCUCGUGUCCAGAGCCGGCUGUCACUAUCGAGUGUUGUCGUCCCUGACUUUUUUGUUGGCGUUACGCAACCGGCUCCUGGAGGCGUGUUUCGCGCUAUGCAGAGAAACGUGCGAGCGGGUGCAGACUUCUGGGCAUACAUUCCUUUCUCAGGUAUAUCAUCUUUUGCGAUUAGUCGGGUGUCACGUAUACGGCGGACGAGCAGACUGCUGAACAGCGGAUGUCCAAGAGAGGAGCUAUUUUGUUUCGGAGUCACGUUGUUGAGUCGCGUUUUUGUGAGAGGUAGCGGCUGGGUCUUCCUCCUUCGGCAUGUCGGAUGCCGUGUCUCAGUUCGUUUCGCGAACAAGCGAUAACUGUCCUUCGGUCCACUUUGAGUGUGAGAUCCUGAGGUAAAGUAAUGCGUUUGGUAAUCGGAAAGCAAACGAUGUUUCAUAAGUUCUUUCCCACGUUCUCGCUUGACGUGGGUGUGUCGUCUCGUAAGUCGUGUCACACCAGGUAACGGGUGCGUUUUUGUGAUUGCGGCUGUGUACAACGUCCCUCCGUGGAUGUAGGUGUCCGCCGAAUUGCGCAUGUUGGCGUGUAUCGACUUUUGUAGAUAUUUGUGCGUGCAUGUGUAAAAGCAGUACACUUUUUAGGAAGAGCGAAUCAGUAGUGUGUUUAAAUCAAGUUUAUGUACGCACCUAUACUCAAAUUUUUAUGCAUUCUGGCGUGUGCUGCUACACCUUUUAUUUUUCAAGUAUUUUGGUGGCCGAUACUGGAAGACUGGAGAAGGUUUACAGAAUUAAGGCCGUACAACUUGUUCUCCAUCUUAUUGGCAUUUGUUGCUGGAGAGAGUUAUGUAGCAACAUGCAUUUUGUUUCCUCUCUCUAUUACAUGAGGUCACGAUGAUACUUUGAACUUGUGUGUUUCUGUUUUAGAGAGAUCCGGAUGAGGGUGCACUGCAUCGCAAGAUGACCGCAAUAAGCGGCUGUCUUUGACAAGACCCAACUGUAUAUCGUAAAACAUUGCUGCACGGUCAAGGACAGCGAUAUAUUUGCGCAACUAUCGGCAUAUUUUGAACGAUGGGACAAGUUAUACUUUGCAUAACUUUGAAAGAAUUUAUCUUGAGGGGCUUACGAAAUGCAGGACGUUGUCACAUUUCAUCGUUACCGGAUAUACGGGUUUCAGUGUUAGUCAAACGGGUCUGUGAAAGUUGCCUGAUGUUGGCUGAAGGCAGGAAAGCGUAUGUUCCCUCGAGUUACAGAGUGACAUGUCGACUGCAACGGCCGGCCAAAAAACACUUUUGCAUGUUGUGGGAAGGCCACAUUGAUGAUUGCCUGGUACUCGUUUCUACUGUUUUUCGCUCUGUGGCGGAUUUGCUUAUUGCGUUCGUUCACAAACACUAUCAUCCGUCUGUCGUUGUUUUUGCAAAUACGUUGAGGCUUUUUUCUGUCCGUGGUCAACUCCGAUAUUUAGUAGAUAUCCUUCCUUACCCUGCGAUCGUGCAGUGCGCCUCCCCGCUAUCUCCAUGCAAUGCGUUGGGGCACCUGGAGGAUGAAUGGGCCGACGCAAAUUCGAACAGACCUGAGAAUGCUGAGAAUGUUCUUUCUGCCAUAAGUGCGUCACGC